GGAACAGAGAGGAAAAGUAUAAUUAUUCCAAAUUCUUUAUUGCUGAUAAAUCUUUAACAUAAUUUAAAAGAUAGCGCUACUUUCUCCUAUAUGUUGCCACCAAUUUUAUUGCUUCACGUGGCUUCGUAAUAAAAUCGGUUAGAAGGAAUGAUGUAACUUGUAUACGUCAUACAUUUUUCGUACUUUUUUUAAAAGUAUACAGGUGUAUUCUAUUUUUCGGUUUUUAACAGGACGAUUAAUAUGGCUAAGAAUAAAACACAAGAUAAGUUUACAAAACCAAAGAAUAAAAUUUCAAAUUCUAGUGACACCAAAAAAGAAAGUAAAUUUAAAAUGUCAGUGUUGAAUACUGCAAUUACAAGUUUAUGUAUUGCUAUUGCAGCCUGGUUCAGUUAUAAAGGAUAUUUGGAAACUAGAGUGAAUACACCAUAUGAUGUAGAAAAAUUAGUUACAGCUUCUGGCUUAGAUGUUGCAGACAGAUAUUGGGGUACUUAUCGCCCAGGUGUUUAUUUUGGAUUAAAAACAAGAGAUCCGCAUUCUUUAGUAACAGGAUUAAUGUGGUAUUUUCCACAUCUUUUGCGUCAAGAUGGUAGUGGCCUUAGACAUUGGUGUGAACAAGGGGAUAAAUUGGACAGAUACGCAUGGCUGGAACAUGAUGGAAGAACUUUUGGUAUCCAAGAAAUAAUAGAUGGUUCAGCUAUUUUAAAUACUACAUUUGUUAAAAGACCUGGUGGUAAACAUGGUGGAGAUUGGACAGCAAGAAUAGCUGUAACAUCUGAGAGACAAAUACGGGAUGGUGAAGAAAUGUCUUUACUCUUUUACACUGCCACAGAUGAACACACCAAAGGAUGGAUUAAAACCACUCUUGGGGAUGAAAAACAUAUAACGGGUGUAGAAGGAAAUACUCAAGGCUUAGGUACAUUUACAAUAAAUAUUAAUGUAGUUGAAGGGAGUAUAGAAGAGCACUCGUUUCUAGCAACUGUUGCUCCUAGUUUAAGUCACUUGAGAGAGACUGUACUUCAGAAUCUUAGAGUAGCAUCUCAUAAAGGAUCUCAGAAGAAACACAUAGUUUUAGCAGGUGAACAAGUACCAUUAGCAGUAGAUGGGAAGAAAAAAGAUGCAAAUUUCAUUGUAUCACAAAUCACAGGAAGAAUUCCUUUUGUAAUAGAAGUUAGUUACGAAUCUGGUAGUUUUAUAAAUAGAAACGACAAAUUAAUUGGUAAAAAUUAUGAACGCGCUCUAGAAGUGCAGCGGAGAUUGUUCAGUGAAAAGUUCGAAGAGAAAUUUCACUUGCGGUCGAAGGGUUACACGGAGGAGGAAAUCCAGUUUGCGAAAAUGUCCCUUUCAAAUAUGGUAGGUUCUAUAGGAUAUUUUUAUGGAACUUCACAAGUGCAAAGCCAAUAUACCAAAGGACCUGUGCCUUACUGGAAAGCACCUUUAUACACUGCUGUGCCUAGCAGAAGUUUCUUCCCGCGAGGUUUUCUAUGGGACGAGGGUUUCCAUGGUUUACUCAUAUCAACGUGGGACUUAGAAAUCGAAUUAGAUAUCAUAAAUCAUUGGUUUGAUUUGAUGAACGUCGAAGGCUGGAUACCGAGAGAAAUGAUUCUAGGUCAAGAAGCUCUAUCGAAGGUUCCAGAAGAAUUUGUUACCCAAAUCAACACAAACGCUAAUCCGCCCAUGUUCUUCUUAACACUAAGUUUCAUUCUUGAACACAAUCAAGAGGAAAUAUUGGAGAGGCAUUUCCAGUUUCUCGACAGACUGUAUCCCCGUCUUCAGGCAUGGUUUAAUUGGUUCAAUACUACACAAAUUGGAGACAUACCAAGCACCUACAGGUGGCGAGGUAGAGAUGGUACCACGAACAGAGAGCUGAAUCCAAAAACACUCACAUCUGGAUUAGACGAUUAUCCGAGAGCAUCUCAUCCAAAUGUUGACGAACGACACGUUGAUCUACGCUGUUGGAUUGCGAUUGCUGCUGACAUUAUGUAUCAGAUCAGCAACAUUAUAAGUCACCCUAAUGAGAAGUAUCAAGAGACGUACAAAUAUUUAUCGGAUAAUAAUUUAUUAAACCAAUUACAUUGGUCGCCGAAUACGCAAACCUAUGCCGAUUUUGGCCUGCAUACAGACAAAGUAACAUUAAAAAGACCAACUUCACCUCCGAGAUCCCAUGUACAGUCAUCGGAAAUGAUACGAGUCGUUUUGGAAGAUCCAACUUUAAAAUAUGUGGACUCAUCUUUCGGUUAUGUUUCAUUAUUCCCAUACAUUCUGCAAAUCGUUGAUCCCGAGUCUCCACAGUUAGGUAAGAUGUUAGAGGAUUUAACGAAUCCCAAUCUUCUAUGGACUAAAUACGGCCUGCGUUCACUCGCUAAGACGUCGCCGUUGUACAUGAAAUAUAAUACCGAACACGAUCCUCCUUACUGGAGAGGACCUAUUUGGAUGAACUUGAAUUACUUAACAGUACGGGCAACUCAUCACUAUUCCAAUGUGGAAGGCCCGUAUCGAGAGAAAGCGAAGAGCAUUUACCAGAGUUUAAGGCAAAAUUUGAUACAGAAUAUUAUCAAGCAAUAUAAAAGAUCUGGAUAUGUAUGGGAGAAUUAUGCGGACGUUCAUGGAGAAGGCAAAGGAAGCCAUCCGUUCACGGGUUGGACAUCUUUGGUUGUUCUACUUAUGGCGGAAAUCUACUAAUUUUAGCAUUACGUUAAGCCUAGAUACUUCCACGUAUACCCCUUUUAUAGUACCGAAAUCAAAAGACUUUCUACUGCUUACGGAAAAUGUAAUAACAUGUGAUAUAUCCUAUAAGUUAUCCGAAUCGCUUGUAUGAAAAGAUUCUUUUUCAUAAUGGAAGGAUUUUGAUAAGGUAUAGGUGUAUGGAUUUUACAAAGUAAUGCAAUAGAGUUGCAUUAGAUUGCACAAAAGUAUAUUCAAAACAUUCACUCGCGUAUUGCGAUCAUGUAAAGUUUAUUAUGUGCGAAGACUGUUUUAACAAUGAGUUCAAGUAAAAGAUUUUUAGACAAACCAACAAUAGAUUGUUUUCCUACUUGAUACAAUGUAAUUAGUUAGUAUUAAUGUAACUCUUUUUUAACUAAAUUUGAUUACUUUCUCAUUUUAUUCUUGUAUUAUCGUUUUUUAAAUCAUUUAAGUUGCACUGAUUUUUAAAUAAUUAACAUAUGUAUCGGACACAUGUUUAUAUACACGGAAAGAUAAUUUAGUAAAGGAAAAUAUUUUAUGCGAAAUAGUUAAACACAUAAGCAACUUUCAGAUCUUGGCUGUGACUUGUUAAACAAGAACUAUACUGUAAUGUUAAAUGAUCUCAAAAUA